CAUCCGUGUGGCAGCAUAUAAUCAGGAUGUCGCCUCGGGCCAGUCGCUCGCUUAGUCGUGCUCUCUUUUCUGUUUGUGCAUCUUUUGAGUCAAGAGUCGGCAGUCCACCAGUACAAAGAGUCUUGAAGAAUCCAGCUAUCUUAUAUCGUCAACUAUCACACUCGACAACAGCUCUUGGGCUCAAAAUGAAUAUUCAACUUUCCGCCCCCAACGGCAAGAAAUGGAUUCAACCCACGGGUCUUUUUAUCAACAAUGAAUUCGUCAAGAGCAGCAAUGGCCAGAAAUUGACCACCGUCAACGCUGCCACCGAGGAGGAUAUUACCUCGGUCUAUUCCGCCACCGAAGAGGACAUUGAUAAGGCCGUCAAGGCCGCACGUGCUGCUUUCAAGCACCCAUCAUGGAGGAACCUUUCCGGAACUGAGCGUGGCGAGAUGAUGCACAAGCUUGCUGACCUUGUUGUCAAGAAUGCUGAAACCUUGGCCACCAUUGAGGCUCUCGACGGCGGCAAGCCCUACUCUGUCGCCCUUGGUGAGGACGUUGUCGAGUUUGAAAAGACCAUACGAUAUUAUGCUGGUUUUGCAGACAAGAACUUUGGCCAGACCAUCGACGUCGGCCCAAACAAGUUUGCGUACACCAUCAAGGAGCCCAUUGGUGUCUGCGGCCAGAUCAUUCCCUGGAACUAUCCCCUUUGUAUGGCCGCCUGGAAGCUCGGCCCUGCGCUUGCUUGCGGCAACACGGUCGUGCUCAAGCUUGCUGAACAGACUCCAUUGUCGAUGCUCUACGUUGCAACCUUGAUCAAGGAGGCCGGGUUUCCUGCAGGCGUAGUCAAUGUUAUCAACGGCCUUGGCGGCGAGGCUGGGGCAGCCAUUGUGCAGCACCCAGAUAUCGACAAGGUUGCCUUUACCGGAAGCACAGCAACUGGCAAGCAAAUCAUGAAGGCAUGCGCAGGAACAAUGAAGAACAUCACACUCGAGACGGGCGGCAAGUCACCACUACUUGUUUUUGACGACGCCGACCUCGACCUGGCCGCCGAGUGGUCUCACAUUGGCAUCAUGAGCAACCAGGGACAGAUCUGUACCGCGACAUCUCGUAUUCUGGUACACGAGUCCGUCUAUGACAAAUUCGUCGGUCGUUUCAAGGACACCGUCGAAAAGGUGUCAAUAGUAGGGGAUCCCUUUGACGAAAAGACCUUCCAGGGACCACAGGUGACCAAGGCACAGUACGAAAAGGUCCUGGGUUAUAUCAAGUUGGCACAAGAAGAGGGUGCCACCAUUGCUACUGGUGGCAAGCCAGCCCCGCAAAACGGUAAGGGUUUCUACGUCGCCCCUACCGUGUUUACCAACGUCAAGACGUCGAUGAGGGUCUACAAGGAGGAGAUCUUUGGACCAUGCGUAUCCAUCAUCUCGUUCAAGGACGAGGAGGAGGCGGUCGAGUUGGCCAACGACACCACCUAUGGUUUGGGCGCCGCAGUCUUUACUCGCAACCUCACCAGGGCGCACCGGGUCGCCCGCGAAAUCCAGUCGGGUAUGGUUUGGAUCAACAGCAGCAACGACUCCGACUGCCGUGUUCCUUUUGGUGGCGUCAAGCAGUCUGGUAUUGGUCGCGAAUUGGGUGAGGCUGGCCUUGCCUCUUAUUGCAACAUCAAGAGCGUACACGUGAACAUGGCUGCGCAUUUGUAGUUUUCUGGCAUAUCAGAGCGAGCUGUAAGGGUAUAAUUUAGCUAUCCGCAAAUAAAUACGUGUAUAUGAACAAUUACCGUCUUUUUCUUUGCAGAUCGUCGGGCUUUCAGUGUUUAGCUGGGCAUGCAAUAGGUCGAAAAAAGACCAACGAGA